AUGUUUAGGACACUCUCCAGUGAGAUAAAAAGAGAAAGUGCGCUCAUGAGGAAUGAUGCACACUCCAGUGAGAAAGGAAAGAAGAGUGUCCGACACGUAUCCGGAUUUAAGGGUGAGCUCACAGCUGGUGGUUAUGGAGGGGGAGGCCCAGGCUACGGUGGUGGAUACGGGCCAGGUGGUGGUGGUGGUGGUGUUGUGAUCGGUGGUGGAUUUGGCGGUGGUGCUGGGUAUGGGUCCGGUGGUGGUUUAGGUUGGGAUGGAGGCAACGGAGGAGGCGGUCAGGGAUACGGGUCAGGUGGUAUCGGAGGUGGAGUCGUCAUUGGCGGUGGAGGUGGUGGGUGUGGCGGUUCAUGCGGUGGUGGCGGAGGAGGAUAUGGACACCACGGAGCCAGCAUGAAGGAAUCAGGCAAAAACUAGAAGAAAACAAAACAUGCAGCUUUCUUUAGGUCGUUUUCGGACGAAGAAUAAGGAUGAUGUAGUUUAGCAUCUUGACCAUGUUUAGGAGUUUGUAAUGGCAUCACUUCUAAUGGAAUAAAGAACCUAAUAGUUUCUGCAAAAAAAA